UCCGCCUCCAUUCAACAAUCUCCGUCGCGAUUUAAAGCUCCUCCCUUUCCCUCUACUGUUUGAAUUUCAGAACUGCUCCAUCCUAGGAGACGGAACGAGAUCAUAUCCAAAUACGGACUUGCCGAGGGAUAUUUCUUUGCAUUUUGAUCAUUCCCUCUUGAUGUGGGAGUUCUAGUGCAAGUGGAGUUUUUCCUUUUUUCUGGGAUUUUGGACUCAAGUACCAGUGUGGAAUGGGACGGCAAAUAUGAUCCAAAAUUUUCAGGCAGCUGAUGUAUUCCUACUAGCAUUCUCUCUCAUAAGCAAGGCUAGCUAUGAAAAUGUUGCCAAGAAAUGGAUUCCUGAGUUGAGGCAUUAUGCUCCUGGUGUUCCAAUUAUUUUUGUUAGAACAAAACUUGAUCUUCGGGAUGAUAAGCAGUUUUUUCUAGAUCAUCCUGGUGCAGCGCCUAUCACCACAGUGCAGGGUGAGGAACUGAGAAAACUUAUCGGUGCUCCAGUUUACAUCGAAUGUAGUUCAAAAACACAGCAGAAUGUGAAAGCUGUUUUUGAUGCGGCCAUCAAAGUAGUUCUCCAGCCUCCAAAGCAGAAGAAAAAGAAGAGAAAGGGUCAAAAAACCUGUUCCAUAUUGUGAUCUUCUCAGUUCUAAAUUGGUAGUUGGCAGAGGAUGACAUGACUGUAGCCAUUUCUUGGUAGUCUUUGCCAUUCUAUAUCUUUGCUGCAUAACACAUGAUGGUGUUGGUGUUCCAAAAACAUUACUGAACC